ACAUUUGCAUCACUCGCGCAUCGUUCACGUGUGGCUAUUUUAUUACCUCGCCAAUCAGAGCUUCAGAAACAAGUCAAAGAAAUGGAUCAGAUGGAAAGAAAUGUGUCAGAGAUAUUAAACACAAUGAGAAAACAAAACGAAGAAUUACAAAGACUGUGGAUUCUCCUCAAAASUACAAGAGAAGAACUUCAACAMAUGAAACCGACGACUGAGACACCUGUAUCMAUGACAACAGAAGAGACAAAACCAACACAGUCCAGCAGCUUGAACACGACUAAUAUGACCAGCAGUGUCACCCCUAGCAACACACCUUUCGUUGAUCCAAUACAAAUAUCUCUGACGCAACUUUGGGAAGCUCACAAUGAGUCAGUUCAAGAGAUAACGAAACUCAAUUUCGAGGUCCGAAAGAUAAGUCUCAUCCCGGGCCCUAUAGGGCCUACUGGAAGAAAAGGUCCUAUAGGACCCCCUGGAAAACUUGGCCCGAAUGGACGCCCAGGGAAAAAUGGAGCUCGAGGACCUGUUGGACCUCAAGGACCAAUGGGCCUUCGAGGGUACAACGGUACGAGAGGCCCUACUGGCAACCAAGGCCCACCUGGUCCACAAGGACCAAAAGGAAAUCAAGGCCCAGAUGGUCCUCAAGGACCAGUGGGACCUAGGGGAUACAAUGGCUCUAGGGGCCCACCUGGAAAACCAGGAGUGACUGGUCCACGAGGGAAUCCAGGAAACACCGGAUCAAGGGGACCCCAAGGACCCCAGGGAUCACAAGGACCUGCAGGACCCCCGGGACCACGUGGUGCAGGGAACUUUAGUCAGUGUGUCUACAAAAGAGCUGAUAGCAGUGGUACUCGGAAAGGGAACAAUGCACAUAAUAGUGUAUUAGUAGCUGAACCAGCUGAGCAGCACGUUAAAGAACUAAGGAGACAACGAGCAGAAUUACAUUUUCAAGUGAUUGAUUCCAUGGGCUGUACGAGCACUAAAGAACUGAUCAUGAGAUGUAGUAGAGAAUGUCUGCGUAGCACUGGCAUAGACUGUAUGCUGUAUGCUAGAAUAGUGACAGGACGCUUGGUAUCAGUCGGGAAUACAACCUUCAGUCAAGUAUUUGUCAGAUUUUCGUUCAUAUCUGUUGACUGUGCAGCAUUCGUUAUGGCAUCGAAGACAGUCAGGAAGAAAAUAAAAGUCGAACCGAAAAGAAAGACGUCUAUCAUUGAAAAACUGUCGCCUUCAAAGCAUCAAGAAUCCUCUGAGGUGUCACUUUCAACUUAUUACUUGGAUAUUGUAGAUCCACCAGUCGACCCAAUACAACACCCGGAAAUAGACGAAAGAAAGAUUGCUCGUAGUUCUGCCGGCGAUUCUACAGACGAAAAAAACAGCAACCCUGGACAAGUUAAAGAUUUUGUUACCAGACAUCCACCAGAGGCGACCUCCAAGGAAAGAAGUUGUCGUUUACUGGAAGGAAGUUGUCUUCAUGUUAUGUUGUUGUACGUAAUGACGUUGGUAUCCCUUACGACACUGGUGUUCAUGGUUCUUUUCAUGUUUGGCAUGGUACGAUUUUCAAGUGGGGGUUGUAAGUGCUCAACUCAAGGGGAUUAUAGCUCUAACGUAUUGAACAGCACUAGACUCCAGAUUCUAAGCCAAGCACUUCAAAAUAUGUCUGCUAAGAUUUCAGAAUUAGAAUCCAAGGUAAGAGCUGCUGGCAACAAUGAGACUAGAGGCCGUGGACCACCGGGUCCAAAGGGUCCCCCGGGAAUUCCUGGUCCCCCUGGACUUCCUGGUCCCCCUGGACUUACUGGUCCCCCGGGACUUCCUGGUCCCCCUGGAGUGGCUGGAUCCCCUGGAGUCACAGGCCCUGCUGGUCCUCAAGGAGGUGGUAACUUGACACUGUGUCAGUACAAGAUGAUUACAAGUUCGGGAGUGAGACCAGGACCAAGAGCAGACUGUGAUGUAUCAACUUUUGAACAAAACGACAAGAAAAUUCUAGGAGUCACGUGUUCAACCAACGGCGCUGCUCAGUACGUCCUGACGAGUGCAAGACUGGGCACAAUGCGCACCUUCAAGUGUCACUGCAAGGGAAAUUCCAGUCUCUUUAUUCCAGCUAAUCUGGUCCAUUGCUACAUACAUUACUGGGAGUGUCCACUGAUUUCCUAGGCUGUAAGAUUGCAAGCGGUCUCACUUUUCCUUACGUUCCUUACAGACUCAGUAAAGAAGAGUUUUUUUAGAGAGAUUGUAGCGGAGUAGGCGGGGAGAGGGAGAACAGUUCUAAUUUUACAUCCCAUCCUGGGUAACCCAGGGAUAAAAUUCUGCCACUCGUUUUUUGCUACGAGAACAAAUUUUCUGGUAGCGAGAAACAAACGAUGUAGUCUUACCCCUGGGUUCCCAAGGAAUGCUCCCUUGGCCUACUGGGCUGUAAUCUCUCUAAAAACUCGUCUUUACGGAGUCUGAAAGAAAAGUUAUACUUUGAGUUUUUUGCGAUUCCUUUUCAAUAAUUUUAAAGAACCUUUCAAUGGUCAACAACCAAUCUCUCCGAGUCCACAGGAAUCCUAAAAACUCGUCUUUACUGAGUCUGUAGGGAAAAGUUGCCCAACUGCUCGCAAUCAAAACAUGGAAAUAUAGAGCUGCAAAUUACGCACGACUGUACAGGAAAACUAUCGACAUGUUAAGGACGUCAAGUGCUACAGACGUGAAUCCAGCAAGCUGCAAAGUGACUGCUUCAAAGGACGUCGUAAGACUGAGACUGGAGAUGAGUCUUUAGUCAUAACGGCUGAGCGGUACCCGCAUUUACCAAAUGAUAAAAGACUUUUGUGCCUUGACUCUUCAUUUAUUAGAAACCUACUCAGAUUGACUAAAAGUGUGAAAAG